GGGAAACACUGAUAAAAAUGCACGUUGGCCAAAUCUAAUGUGGAGCGUUGGCGACAUCUCGUGCCCAUUUUGAGGUACUGCACCCACAUGGAAAUAAGGCGGCGGCGGGAAGCCGACACAGGAAAGGCCCCGGCCGCCUCGUCACGUGAUGCCAUGGCCCAGGAAGAGGACGAGGAGGCGGCGGCGUGCAGCCUGGAUGUCACCUCGGAGGACUUCGACCCCCUGCUGGCCCUGUACUCCCCGACCACCCCGCUCCCCUUCCCGGACGUGCGCUGCUUCAACAACCUAGCCGAGUAUGAGAGCUUCCUGCGGGGAGGAGGACGGGCGAGGGGCCGGGCACCGGGGGCGCCCAAGGCGGAGAAGAAGAAGGGACGGAAGCCGGCACCGGACCCGGAGCGUGUGGAGAGGCUGAAAAGGCUGAUAGUACAACCGGAGGGGGAGACGGAGCACAAGGGACCGCCCCGGAGGAGCAGGAGGCCGCCCAAGAACGUGCUCACCCGCAUGCCCUUGCACGAGGGCAGCCCGGUGGGACGUCUAUACCGCUGCAUACAGGAACGCCUGAAGGUCAACGUCCACAUCCGCACGUUCAAGGGUCUGCGCGGCGUCUGCUCGGGAUUUAUCGUCGCCUUUGACAAGUGCUGGAACAUGGCAAUGGUGGAUGUGGAUGAGACGUACAGAAAGCCGGUCCUCGGGAAAGCGUUCUACAAUGAGCCGCAGCUGACUCUGACCCGGCUAUUUGACAGACUGAAGCUUCAGGAGUCGGGAGACCGGUCCUCUACAGAAGCGCACAGCGCCGCAUCACAGAGACUAGAGCCUCCACCUACAAGGACGCAGCGCGGCGGAGAAGACAAGUCCCGCUCCACCAGCAGGGAGCGUAGGAAAACUUCUCAGCAGUCCAGACAGGACAUCAGCGACCAGACUCAAAGACAAAAGGGCGCCAUGCCCAAACGACGGACUAGACGACGCAAGGAGAAGAUCGACUAUCAGCAGGUGUUCACACGGCACAUGAAGCAGGUGUUUAUUAGAGGAGAGAGCGUCCUACUAGUGCAUGUCCCUGAAUGAGACGGCCGAGCGAGAAGACACGGACUGCGGGGAACAAUUGGAGGAGGUUUUCUUUGGCAGUUUUAUGCCAUAGACCUCAGGUAACUAAAUGACUUGUGAAGUAUUUAUGGUGGAAAUAAAGCAGUAAUAAAUGCAGUCAUGUGACUAUGUCCGGUCAUGUGACUGUAUGUCCUGUGUAAGAUUGUGUCUAUUGACUGAAAAUGCUUCCACCUUUUUAAAUUAUUUAUUUUAGGGUUGAGGAUGCUUCUGUGUGAUCUGUUUCUUUAGAACAGUGUUUUCCAACCAGGGUGCCUCCAGCUGUUGCAAAAAUACAACUCCCAGCAUGCCCAGACAGCAGCCACUGCGUUGAUUUCCCCAGUAGUCAUAGCAGACCCACCUGACUCUUUUUCUAUAAUCACUGCAGAUUCUUCAGACACUUUCCCAGUAGUCAUGGCAGGUCUUCUCAGCACUUCUUCAGGCCUCCCACCAGCUUCUUAGUAGUCACAAUUCUCACCUACCAUUUCCCCAGUAGUCACAGCAUACAAUUCACUAAUUUCCCCAGUAGUCACAGCGCACACUCCCACCAUUCCCCCAGUAAUGACAGCGCACACUCCCAC